UUCAAUUCAAGUUGUACCACUCAUUGAGUCAGUCGAAAUUUAAUCUUCAAUCGAUUACAAUUAUUACUUGAUUGAUAUCACAGAAAAAAUACCUGAAAAUGGCUUCUCAAAAUCAAGAUUCUGCCUCCUACGAAGCUUCGGCCGAAGUGAAACAAAAAUUUGAAAGUAUUCUUGUCCGAAAUGGCAUCACUGAUCAAGUUGAUACUGUAAUAAUAACUGAACCGGCACAUCUUAAAGGAGAACAUUUUGCAACUUCCACCGUCUAUGUGACAAUCAACUUUAAAGGGAAGAUGGUCAAUGAGAGAAAUCUCUUUCUGAAAAGGUUUGCUAGUGGCGAAUUCCUCACGGAGAGUUUGAAAAGAGGGAAAAUUAUGGAGAAAGAGGCAGAGUUUUAUAACACUUUUCUCCCAGCUUGUAAAGAAUUCUGCAAAGAGUUUGGGUUUGAAAAUCUUCUGAAUUUCUUCCCCACUUGUUUUUACGCUGAUGAUGAAAUGAUAGUUUUGGAGAACCUUUGCAAGGAGAAGGGAUUCGUGAUGUUGGAUAAAGAACAACUGCAAGAUUUGGACACGGCCAAAAUUGUACUUGAGAAUCUGGCCAAAUUUCAUGCCGUAACCUACGCUCUACAAGAUAAUUGUGGGCGAGAUGCAUUUCUUAAGAAGUGGGAGCUUUUGCGCUCCGAAGUUUUCUUUACGGCUGAACGUGCCCCACAAUUUAGUAAAUUGAUUGGAGAAAAUGGAAUUACAACUUGCAUAACAAUUCUUAAGGGAGGAAAAGUCCCGGGAUAUGUCGAAGCCGUGGAAAAACUUGAAGCCCUACUUGGGAAAUCAUUUGACAAAAUUAUUGAAUGUGUCCGAUUUACUGCCCAAGAUAAACUGUUGGUAGUAAAUCUAGGAGACUGCCAAAAUAAUAAUAUGCUCUUCACCCAUGAAUUAUCGAAUGGGAAGAAACACGUGAAAGACCACGUGUUUGUUGAUCUGCAGGUGCCCAGGCUCGCUUCUCCAUGUGCGGAUAUUUUGUAUUAUUUGUACACUUCAGUGAAAACUGAAACCAGGACGGAGAGGUUGAGAGAAUUGCUGAUUCUAUAUUUUUCUGUUUUUCAAACAACAUUAUGCGGAUUUGGGAAGAAGAGUCCAGUAAAUUUUGAUGGAUUUAUGGAUGACUUCAAAAAACGCUCGUAUUACGGUUACGUGUCACACCUUGGUUUCCUCUCAAUUGUUGGGGCUCUGAAAGAUGUCGAUAUCAAAGACUUCGGUACCACUCCAGACGAGAUGGUGGCUGCUUUUGUCAAAAUUAUGGACAACUGGAUGCAAAAAAAUCCCGAAAAGGUGGAAAGCAUUUCGCACAAGAUAUUUGCUCUUAUGAAAGAAUAUGAAGCCCUAAUUGCCUAAAAACUACUUCUUUGCAAACUUUCUAAAGAUAAUUAAUGUUGGUAUUAUUUGUAUGGGAAUGUGGAUUAUUUAAAAUAAAUACUUAUAAAAUUUAAUUAACGAAAUAACUCCUGGAUAAUAAACAAUAGUGAUCUGUGGUUGGUAAAAAAAAA